AUGGAAAAGUCCUCACGAGAAUACUUUGGAGCACCCACAGGUUCAGCAAAUGCCCAGGGUCCUCAACGGACACCUAUAAUUAGAAGACAAUUUGACUCGGGUAUAGAAUCUUCCAACGAUACUCAAGAAUACAGCAUGUGGCAAAGAGAUCCUACCGUCGGUCAAGUCCCGUACUAUGAUGACAUGACAGCGCAUCAUCAAGGUGCCCACGACGUUGAUCAUCGUUACAGUGCUGGAACAAAUACUGUUGAUGGAGAGAACACCAAUUAUGUGAAUCAUUUUCAGACCCCGGACCAAAAUACCAUUACUAAUAAUAGUCAAAUUGGAAUCAGAAUUCCAGGUGCUGUUCCUGAUCAACACCACAAUAAUCGUGAUGCUAUCUACGAUGUACAUUACCAGUUUUCGAAUUCCCAGUACGAUGAGUACGAAGAACAAGAUACAAAGUUACAACAACAACAGAAACACUAUCCAACUCCAUAUCUUGGAAUUGAUUUCGAGAGAAAUCCCCAUCAGUUCCCUUUACAAUAUGAUGAAAAUUAUAAGAGUAUCAACGCUAAUCGUUUUGCCAAACUGGUUGCUGCGGCCCAGAAACUGCCUGCUGCUGUUCAUUCGAAUGUUCAACAACGUAUGCCGCAUCAGGAUCUGCAACACCUGCAUCAACCACAACCACCACCACUUCCUUCUCAACUGCAAACUAUACCAGUAUCACUACAGCAUUCACAACAACAAGAGCAACAACAACAGAUACCUAUUGCCGGUCAAAAUCGCAUUAAACAAGAAGAUUCCGGUGACUAUAAUCAGGUCAAGCAAGGGAACUCCAGCUUCAAUGAACUGUAUGCUUCUGACCCAGAUCACAUACAGAGUACUCAAGGUGUCCCAAGAUACGAUGAUCUUUUUGGAUUAGGGGUAGGAGAGGUAUUUUCCGAUCAUCCAGAGUCUGAAAUGCCACCGCCACCUUCAAAACUUCAGAAGUUGCUUUUUGUUCGUGAUUUUUCUGGUCUGACGCUGAAUGUACCUCCUCCCAACAAACAUAACCGUAGAAGAAAAAAGCCUACUCAUAUGCAUCUUUCCUUUGAUGAUUUGCUUUCUCAACCAAUGAUGAACUCUCUAUCAAUGCCUCAAACUGCAGAUGGAAUUCCUGGUGGUGUUAAUCUGGGUCUUGACUUUGGCAAUGACUUUUACGCAUUAAACGGAAACGUUACACCAUUUAUGGUUCCUCCUCUGGUGGAGAACGACAAUGGAUAUUUUCCCAAUUUACAGUCUCCGUCAUUUUAUGGCACACAACAACAACCAGGAGAGAUGACGUCGUAUUUUAAUGUGCCACUUCAAAGCAGUCUGCUAGAUCUACAGGAACAAGAAGUAACAGGAGCAGUUCUUCGAGAGAAAAAUAGAAAGGUUCUGACCAAACAAACAUCAUACAAUCUGUUAAUUCAACAGGCAAACCAAGCACAAUAUAGAUCAGGUCUUAAUAAUGACCAAGUCCCAUUGAAGAGGAAAUAUACAGAUUCCCCUGAAGGUUAUAAGGCUGCGAUAAGUAGCGAACCCCAGCUUCCAAGAAUGAGUACAAUAAAACCCGAACUUCCUCAGUCAUCUCGACAUCGAAGAGUUCAAUCUUCUGUCAUGUUAGCAGAGAAACAUAAUGAAAGGAUACACCAAGAUUCUGAUAUUAAUCUUUCGAAGAAGCCUAUAGUAGAUGAUAGUAGCAGUGGUAAGGUAGGAGACCAGAGAGUUUUCAUGUCAAAUGAAAAUUUAACGGACAGUGAUUUACAAAGUGUUCGGAGCACUGAUGCAAGUGAUUCUGCAGGGCAGAAGAUAGAAGCUGGCACGGUAGCAGCAGGAGGUAAGAAAAGAUCAUCCAAAGGGUCAAUGUGUACAGUUUGUAAGAAGUUCAUCAAACGUGAUUUCACGAGACACAUGCGGAUUCAUGAUAGAGUUGGAAGGUUUCAAUGUGUUUAUCCCAAGUCGAUGUGUCUGCACAAGACACAGAAUUUCAAUCGACCAUAUGAUUAUAAGAAACAUUUGCUACACAUACAUUUUGUAUUUGAGAACCAUUGGGGGAAGAUAACCAAGUUAUUAACAGAUAAACUACCGUUAACAGGGUCAUGUCUUGCAUGUGGAGAGAUGUUUAUUGCUAGUGAUUGGUUGGAGAACCAUGUACUUACAACUGAUAGUUCUAGGCGGUGCAAACAUGUGAUAGCGCCUACUAAGGAUAAUAUGGCCAGUCUUAUGGCAGAAAGCGAGGAGCCAGAAGACUUUGAGUACGACGAGGAAGAGAAUUUCCCGCACUAG